AUGGUCUCCACUGAUCGGGAAGAGCCGCAGCCGUAUCUGGGCCCCUACACCAACUCCCAUUACGCUGCCCGCGCCCACAACGAGGGCAGCCGUCUUUUGGGGGCUACUUACAACGAUGAGCGCCACCGGCUGAGAGAACGCCGGGACCAUCUGGUUCCUCGCUACCGUGACAUGCUGACUGGUCGCUACCGCUACCGUGAAUUGGACACCCUGGACCGGGUGUGGGGCUACGGCGGCGCCAGCGAGCGGCGGCGCCUGGCCACUGACCUCACCAGCAUGGCGCCGAACAAACCGCUCUUCCAGCGGCUUUUGCUGCACCACUACUCAGUGCUGAACCCGCUGGCGAUCGACCCCAAUGCCGAGGACUCGUUUGUCAUGGAUGACGCCCUGGUGUACUCGCAGCCGCUGUUGAUGAGACCGCAAAAGCUCAUCGGCCAUUACAAGCGGCUCGCCGACUGGCAGGAGUUUACCCGCGAUAUCUACGAGGUACCGGCAGCCACGCGGGAAUAUUAUAUUGAGCAGAACUCGUUGAUUGAGCGAUACUGUGAGAUUGACAACUUUUUGGACCACGGUCAUAUCCAUUACGACACAUUACAGAACUACGAAACUCAGGACGACUUGACACCAGUGUUUGAACACGAUAACGAAGACGCUGAUGGCGACAAGAGUCCGCAGCAGCAAAAGGGUAAGCGCACGAAAGCGGCGCCGCUUCCUGUGGACGCCGAGGGCGGCAUCUUAGCCCACCACUACCUCGGCUUCAACGAAAAGGAGGAACACCUGGCAGUGGUGCUCGCCAUUAUCGUCAAUUUUGCCAUCAACAUCAUCUUGCUCAUUGGCAAAAUUGUCGUGGCGCUUCUUACCAAUUCGAUCUCGAUGGUGGCUUCGCUCGUUGAUUCGGUACUUGAUUUCUUAUCGACGUUUAUUAUCUUUGUUGCUAACAAAUUGGCGCUGAAGAAGAACUGGCGCAUCCAGCACUUGUACCCGGUGGGGAGACUGCGACUUGAACCGCUUGGGGUGCUCAUUUUCUCAGUGAUCAUUGUCAUUCUGUUUUUUCAAGUUGGCCAAGAAGCUGCUAAACGGUUAUUUUGGCCGGCGCCAGAACACAAAGUGCCCGCCACCAUUGGUAAGGACGCCAUGGCCAUCAUGGUGUUCACCAUUGUAUGUAAGCUUGGCUGUUGGGUGUGGUGUGCGCUGAACCCCAACCUGAGUGUGCAGGCGCUUGCCCAGGACGCCAUGACUGAUAUUGUCUUCAACACAGUGCUGUUGCUCAUGCCGGCAGUAGGUCACUGGUUUGACAUCUGGUGGCUUGACCCGUUGGGUGCGUUUGGGCUUUCGAUUUACGUGAUUGUGCUGUGGUCGCUGACGGCUAUCGAGCACAUUCAGAAGCUCUGUGGCGCCGCCGCUGACAUUGAAGACUACAAAACGAUAUUGUACUUGGCGUACCGGUUUGCUGAACCCAUCAACAAGAUUACGGCGUUAAAAACGUAUCAUUUCGGGGAAAAGCUCGUGGUGGAAAUUGACGUGGUGUUUGACAUUGAGAAGUACCGCCUCAACUUUAAGGACUGCCACGAUCUUGCCGAGCUGUUGCAGUAUGCUCUUGAGUCGUUACCCAUGGUGGAGCGGGCGUUCGUCCAUAUCGACUACAUGGUGGGCAACUACAAAGGCCACCUACACUAA